UCUGCGCAUGUGCCAGUCGGCUCGGGAGCCCGUGUGAGGAGUCCUCGUCGCCAUAGCAACCAAGGUCUGCUUGGCGGGGUCGCAGUUUCCCCAGGCUCUGCUUGGGCCUGCUUAACGUUCAUUUCCAGCUCCCUGCCACUGUGUGCGAUGGCAGAUCCCCAUCAUCUCGCAGAAAUGAUCAGGACAGGAGCCUUUGUGACACUGAGCAGAGCCGGGAGGGGUCAGGGCCAGGAGCAGGAGGUGGCACGACUGCCCCAAGGGCUGCUGGCCACAUGGGGUUGUUCAAGUCCAAGCUGCCCCAGAAGGGCAGACCACUGAGAUCCCAGGAAAAGGACGCGCUCAAGGACUCCCUCAUCAUCUUUGUGCUGGGCGGCCCAUGCUGCGGCAAAGGGAUACAGUGCAGGAACAUGGCCACCAGGUAUGGCCUCUACUACCUGAGCCUGGGUCAGCUAUUAAGGCAAGAGGCCCAGCGGAGCACAUGGCAGGGCCGGAAGAUCCAAGACAUCAUGCUGCGGGGGCACCUGGUGCCCACGGUGGGCCGCACCCCGAAUGCUGUCAUCGUGUUCGACUGCUCGAUGGCAACCAUGGUGCGCAGGGCGCUGCAGCGUUACCGGGUGGAGGGCCGCGUGGAUCAAGGUGAAGGCGACUGCGGGCCGGCCCUACACCGGCGCCUGGAGACGCACUACACCUGCUGCCCGCCCGUCCUGACCUUCUACCAGCAGCAGAACCUCCUGCGAAACGACAGUGAGCCAGCCUCUGCCCUGGCAGCUGUGUCCAUGGGAACGCCAGUCUCCGGGCCCAAGGGUGCCCCAUGCCCCAACUUCCCAGCAGAAACAGCGGCGGCGGUGGGACAGGGCUGUGAGGACGCACUCCAGUCCCCAGAGCCGAGGCAGGCCAGGGAGCCCACCCUCUUCUUCCCCCGGGGCUGGGCUCCUUAG